UGCUCUCCGCCAAUGGGAGGCGCGCACGCGGCCGCCGCGCGUCGUCUCCAUGGAGAGACGCGCAUUCCAGCCCCCCGCGCACGCGCCAUGGAGCCGGGAGCCGGCACCCCCUGGGGGGUAGCUCUGACGGGCCAUGUGGGUCCCACAUGCCCUGGGGAGAGGUCACCGUGCCUGGGCAGGGUCCAGGGUGGUAUCCGCCUGCCUGAUGUGCCCAUGGAGAAGCUUCCAUGCCAUGAGGAGCCGCUGACAGCCACCGCCAAGAGGCUCCAGGAGAUGUCGGACAUAGCCGAGGUGCCGGAGAUGCCCACUGAGCCGCCUGCCGAGGCUCUGCCACCCGUGCCCAGCCCUGAGCCAGCCCGAGAGACUGGGAACGAUCCCUCUGAGAUCAAGCUGCCUCCCUGGCUUGGAAAGUGGGGAACGUGUCGCGAGGAGGUGCCGGUGGAGCCCCUCUCCCCACCAAAGCCAGCAGAGCAGCCCAGCCAGCCAGUGACCCGACGGGGCCGCCCGAUCCGCACCUGGCUGGGGGAGAAAGUCGUGGACCCCCUGAACUCUGGGCUGGGGCAGGAGCUAGGCAGUGAGGACUCCGCCCACCACCGCGGCUUCCACGGACUGCCACUCCAUCAGUUCCUGUCCUCGCUCACCGACAGCUCCACCACGGACACCUACCGCCCGCCACACAGGGCCCUGCUGCUGCAGCAAGGGCUGCGGAAGGCCACGCUGGCAUCCAUGCUCUACGAGAAAUACAGUAAGGAGACGGAGGAGAAGAUCCGUCCCCGCCCACAGCCCAUGGAGUCUGUCUCCACCACGCACCGGGACUACGCUGCCAGGGGCUUCCAGCCCACACCUCCAUCCAUCACUCAGCCCCAUAACUACUUGACAGAGCAGCCAACCAGCUUCUGGCUGGAGCAAGCCCGUGGAGUACCAGUAAGUCCCCCAGCACCUCACCCUGCCAGCACCCCAGGGGUCUCAGCUGCUGACAGGGACCUCUCCCCUUCUCUCCUCUCCAGGGUGUCACUGCCCUCUUCAGCAGAAACAUUCCCUUCAAGAGGAACGCAACCUUCUCCACUCCCAUCACUGUGUACCUAGGGCCACCCCACCCCUGUGACCCAUUGAGCAGCGAGCCCCAGACCUUCAAGGAUUAAAAAGCAAGGGGACGCAGGUGGUCCCAGCCUCAUUGCC